GCUAAGUAUGAAGGUUAAUUUGACCUUGAAAAUAGUAGUUUGGCAAAACUGUGCUAUUACUAUUAUCCAAUAUAUAUUUUAAAUAUAUUUCGACCAUUGUUAGAAUUGUCUUAUCUCUAAAAAUAUAUAUAAUAAUUGAGGUAGUAUAUGGAAAUGUUGUGAGGUUUCUCUUCACUGUCGUUUUUUCUCCAACACGACGUGAACGCACCACAGUAUCUUUAGCAUGAACUCCCCAUCAUCCCUGCAUAUCCCACAAUCCUGUUCGGUGUAGCUUCACUGCUUUUUACGUUAGAGAUCAGCUGAGCUCGUGCAUCGCUGCAGUGAGUGCACGGGUGCCAGCGGCUCGGGAUCGGAGCAGCUCGGGGCCGCUCGGUGUCUCUCUGGUCAUUUAAAAAACCCUGAUUGACUAGAGACGGGGAUUUUUCUUUUACCGACUGCAAGAAUGUGACUAUUAUGUAUCCGUUGUUUAUUUUUUACCCCCGUAAAUGGUCCCGACUCUGCUGAUCGAGUAGACGAUUUGAUCACAUUUUGUAUUUAUUAUUUCGUUCAUCAUCUGUCCCCUCAGUGCGGAAAACACCUGGACGGGGGUUAGGAAAAUAUUCCAGGUUUUUUUUUACCGGGAGUGGGCAGUAAUAUGUCCAGGCGAAAACAGACCAACCCCUUCAAAGUUAACUGGCCAUUCCACACUUUAGGCAUCACAGGACUUCAGCACACUAUUAACAUGGAUGGCAGGGACGAGUUCACCGAAGACAGUGAAUGCUGCAGCAACAACUCCCAGGAAGUACACGAGCAGGAUAGCAUCUCAGAAGACAGCGAUAGUGACCUUGACAACCACGGGGAAGACUCAUCCUCCAACACCUCCGCAGACGACCACAUGUCCACCAAGAGAUCGCAGUGCCGCCUACAGGGAGCGGGAGUCAAAGAGGAGAGCGAGGAAGGGGUGGACCACGGCAUCAACUUCGUUUGUCCUCUCUGCACGCUGGAUUUCAGCAGCCCUGAGAAGCUCAUCUCCCAUGUCUACCAGCACACAACUAUGAUGAGCAACAGCAAGAGCUAUGUGUGCCCAGUGUGUGGGCGAGCCCUGAGUUCUCCUGGCUCGCUUGGACGGCAUCUUCUCAUCCACUCUGAGGACCGCCUCUCCAACUGCGCUGUCUGUGGUGCGCGCUUCACAGACACCAACAACUUUGACAGGGAGAAGCUUAAAGAUGUCCUUGACACAACCAGGAUGGAUGUCACCGAUGGAAGGGACACCUGUUCCAUGUCCCUCUCCAGCAGCCCCAUGAACAGCCCGGGCCCCAGUCCGAGUUCAUGUCAGGGCCUUCACCCCUGCCAAGCACCUGACCCCAACCUAUGUCAAGCCCAUCGUAUCUGCCAGGGACCAGGCCAAAUGCCGAGCCAGUGUCACGGCCCCAGACCGUGUCACGGCCCGGGAUCAUGCGCAGGCUCUGACCAAGGACCCUCCUUUCCCUCACUGCCCGACAGCCUCCUCUCUGAAGGGCCGUCACUGGCAUCUAUCCCCGAUUCUCUUAACUCCUCUUCCUCAGGCUUCCCUCCCAUCCCCGAUAUCCUGAGCCCGAUGCCGGUGUAUCCUGCCGGAGUGUUGCUGGUGUGCAACAGCUGCGUGGCCUAUCAGCAGUUAGUGGAGGCUCAGUCGCCGAUGCGAAAAUGGGCUCUGCGAAGGAAGAACGAACCCAUGGAGGCCCGCGUGCACCGUCUAGAGCGCGAGCGCACGGCAAAGAAGAACAAGCGGGCGUGUGAGACGGAAGACGAGCGGGAACUGAGGAGGCUGCGGGACCGCGAGGCCAAGCGCAUGCAGAGGAUGCAGGAAUCGGACGAGCAGCGGUCGCGCAGACUGCAGAGAGACAGGGAGGCCAUGCGUUCGAAGAGGGCCAACGAGACGCCGGAGAAGAGGCAGUCCAGGCUGAUCCGCGAGAGAGAGGCGAAGAGGAUCAAGCGACGGCUGGAGAAGAUCGACCCUGCCCUGAGGACACAGAUAGAGCAUGAUCCUGCUGCCAUGGCUGCCCUCACAGCAGACAUGAGUCUCUUUCAGUUCCCCUGUCCUAUGCCUGUACCUUCCAUUGAUAAUGGUCUGUUCAUGAAGCUGCCAUAAAGGGACCCGGCCACUAGGCGGGGGGAAACACCGGGCCUCUAGCAGCAGCGUUAACCUCUGCACUCUGCCAACAGGCUGCCACGGUCACAGUGAACCAUUCCUAGCUGGUUUACCUUCAGCUCCUUCUGUGUCCAACAGCUUCACAGACAAACUGAUUUGUUAAAUACAGCAAAAACUACUUCAAUUUCUAAUUUAUUACAGUCUAGAAAGCCUUGGGAACAGGGUUGAGAAUGUUUCAUAUUGUAUGGAUGAAAGCAUGUUGUAAAGAGAUUUAUCUGUUCGUCAGUGGGCAGGCAGAUUUAACACAAUUCAUUCGAGUAGGAGCAGUUAUACUUCCUUUUGAGGGGGAAAAAAAAAUCUUUUUGCACAUGGACCUUCAGUGACAGGAGUGGGGACUUUGUAGCCACAGCCCCCCCCCCUCCCUUUCUGGUCCACUCCGCCAUCCCAGUGACUCGGGUUUACCGGUAGCUACACCUCUCUCUUCAAGCUGCCGCCGUGGGUCCCUGGGAAGUUCAUAUUCAGUCAAACUCUACUACCUCAGCUGGCGCCGUGGUCGCCCUCUGUCUCGUGGCUUACUGCGUUCCACCUCCAAGCUUCCAAAGCUCUGCAUGUACCGUACACUACUACAGAGGAUUUGGGUCGUUUCCCACAAUUUGCGUUUGCAUUGAUCUCUCAGGCACUUUAAUAGGACACAAACAUUCACAGGAGCAGCUGAUUUACGAACAGUUCCACAAGUCUUUCCCAAGUUUGAUAGUAAUGUUUCUUAACAGAUGAACUAAAAUGAAUGUUUUGUCCUAUUGAACACGCCCAGUGUUGAGCAACAUUCCCCCCCCCUCACCCCCUGAGUUGUACAACUCGAUGCAUUCACCUCUUUACAUUCUCUUUGCCAAUCUGUUUUCUCUUCCCGACAUUUUUACACUCCGAAUAUUUUUGCCAAUGUCAGUUUAUUUUUUAUUUUUUACCUUUCUGUUACAGAGCUUUUUCUUUUGGCUCAUAAAAACUUCAGUCUGUGCUGCUGUUAUUGUACAAUACAUUAGUACUAAUUAGUUUAAUUAGUACAAUACAUUAGU